AUGUCUAUUGUAGCUGGGACAGAUGAAGGAAAUGACCCCAUUUUUAAAGAGAUCGUUGAGGAACUGCAUUUAGAAGAUAGGUACAAGAUCUAUGACCGAGCUGGAGAGGAAUGAAUCUUAUCCCCUUAUAAGCUAGAGUUCAUCAUACACUCUGAGACUGAUAUUAUUUAUGUCUUCCAGGUUAUUAUUGAAAAGGAAGAAGUUAUGAUGUAUGUUGAGAUUUCAGAGAAGCCAAAAGAAGAUAUUGAGACAUUUCAAGAAGGACAAGAGAACAAUGAAAUUUUUGUAAAAGAGCCUGUGGAAGAAAUUGAUGAACUAACUACUAAACAAAUUGAAUGCCUAAUUGAGGAUUUGAGCAGCUCUUAUGCACCUAACAUAAAAAUAUUGUCAACUCCAGCUGAAAUCUACCCAAAGAUGACUUGAUUUACAAAGUGCUUCUGAUCCUCGAAUGAUGAGGCUGUGGAUUCAACUAUUGCAGCAGUCAGCCUGGUCCAAAAAUAUGUUGGGAAACUCAUGUAUAUCAUUCAAGGGAUCAAAGCAGGCGAGUUGAGCAUUAAGCAGGCAUACCAGUUAAUCUUCUAAUG